AUCAAGAUGAUGCAAUACAGUGCAUAGAGAUGAAAUGUUUUACACUCAAUAACAGUCUCAGGUUCGAAUCUCGCGAGGCGAGAUCUUGAAUGCACAAUUUAUCUCCCUGUCCUUCCCAACUACUGCUAAACAAAUUUCAUAUCUCUUUGAAACACAGUUUUCCUUAUUUCUAUAGUCUAUUUCGUUUGAACGCACUACAUCUUGUCCUACGGAUUUACCGCUGUGUUCGUAAAGGAAAUACGUCACAGGGUUUUCUCGUCUAUUGGUUCACUUUUAUAGUGACUCCUUUACCUAAUGCAUUAAAGUUCAGAUAAUGUUACACAAUCAAAAUGGUCAGAGUAUGUACAAUCGUCAGUCGUUGCAGCCAGAGAAAGAAUACGGUUACCUCGGUGUUUCUGGUCAGCACGUUUAUGGUGCUUCUAACACAAAUGUGACAGAUACUUACCCGCAAGGUCAUCCUAACAGCAGCUUCCAGCCACCACCUAACUACUAUUCUGGAAAUCAAGGACAGGCCUUCCAACCACAAUCUCAGCCUCCAUAUUAUUCCGCUCAGUCAAUACAGAGUGUGAAUCAACCACCGUUGCCACCCAUGCCUCCUAUCCCAAACCAUCAGGAUUUUACUCAACGUCCUCAGCAGCCGCGUCUUCCUCCAAUGCCACCAAUGCCUCCGGGACAUGAAGGAGUUCCACCACCCAGUUAUCGACAACCUCAACCUCCAGGUCCGUUUCCAUUGCCAAAUGGUGCUAACACCCAGAUAAAUACAUUACAUUCUCAACAGGCAUAUCAAAACGGUCCAGUAUCCAGACAACCACAGUUCUCUCAAAGUAUAAAUGCAGAUAGAUUACCCAGUCCUAUCGAGGUUAUUGAGAGCAAUCGGGCUCAGUGUACUGGACCUUUUUAUACAGGACAACGAGGUGUUGUGCCUCCUCUAGUCACAACUGACUUUAUAUCACGUGACCAGGGUACAUGUGCACCUUGUUUCAUUCGAUCUUCUUUAUACUCUGUUCCGAAUUCAUCAGAUCUCCUUAAAACUGUUGGGAUCCCGUUUUCACUUACAAUAUCUCCAUUUGCAGUACAACAUACAGAAGAUAUGAAUGUUGUAAUAAGCGAUAUGGGUCCACAAGGUCCAGUUCGAUGUGUUCGAUGUAAAGCCUACAUGAAUCCCUUCAUGAAUUUUAUUGACGGUGGUCGAAGGUUCCAAUGUCCACUUUGUAAUGGUUUAACUGAAGUUGCCGCUGAAUAUUUUGCUCAUUUAGAUCAUACUGGACGUCGAGUUGAUGCAGGUCAAAGACCUGAACUAUGCUUAGGCAGUUACGAAUUAUUAGCAACAGCGGAAUAUUGCAAAAACAACCAAUUACCUUUACCUCCGGCCAUCAUAUUUCUACUAGAUGUUUCCCAAUCUGCUAUACGUUCAGGUUUAGUACAGCUAUUCUGUUCCCAGUUUGUUGAACGUAUUCUACCAAAUUUACCUAGGGAAAAUUUUGCAUCACCAGAUAUGGUUAAUCCAAUUCGAUUGGGAUUUAUUACAUAUGAUCAUCAACUUCACUUCUAUACUGUACCGCGUGAGUCGUCGUCAUCCAUUCAGCAAACAUCUGAAUCUACAGAUCAGAACACUUAUAACUCUUACGGUAAACCUCAAAUGUAUAUUGUAGCGGAUAUUGAAGAUGUGUUUGUGCCUACAGUUGAAGGUUUCUUGAUACCACCUGAUCCUGUUAUCAUUUCUAGUAUUUUAGAAAUGAUACCUACUCAAUUUUGUACAGAGAAUGCUUUAAAUAGACAACCUACAGAUAGUGUAUUAGGCCCAGCUAUCCAAUCUGGAAUGGAAGCUUUACGUGCUGCAAAUCGUUCUGGAAAAUUAUUUGUCAUACAUGCUAAUCUACCGAUUGGUGAAGCACCGGGUAAAUUGAAAAAUCGAGAUGAUCGGCGUCUUAUAGGGACUGAAAAAGAAAAGACUUUACUUCUUCCUGAUAAUGAUUUUUAUGUUGGACUUGGUCAAACAUGCGUAGAAGUCGGUUGCAGUGUAGAUCUUUUUCUUUUCCCUAAUUCAUUUGUUGAUAUUGCUUCUUUAGCCGAAGUGCCCAGAUUGACAUCUGGUCAUUUAUUCAAAUAUAACUGUUUCCAGGCUGACUUACAAGGUCAUCAGUUUAUAGCCGAUCUUCAACAUACUUUGGCCAAUCUACAAGCUUUCAACGCUGUUAUGCGUGUUCGAACAAGUACUGGUAUUAGACCUGUUGAAUUCUUUGGUAAUUGUUACCUACCUAAUACAACUGAUGUUGAGUUGGCUAGUGUUAGUUCAGAUAUGGCAAUCACUGCAGAAUUACGUCAUGAUGAUAAACUUCAAGAAGGUGAACACGUAUUCAUUCAAGUUGCAUGUCUUUAUACUUCCAUAUCUGGACAACGAAGGCUACGUAUUCAUAAUCUGUCAAUUCCAGUGACAAGUAUGAUACCUGAUGUAUUUCGUCUUGUCGAAUUAGAUGCACAUAUGAAUUGGUUGAGUAAAUAUUCAAUGCGUUCUCUACUCAACCGUACACAUUCACAAGUAAUGGAUGAUUUAACGACAAGAGCUGCUAACACCUUGGCUGCUUAUCGUCGUCAUUGUGCUUGCGGUCCAAAUGAUGUAAAUUCGAAUCCUAGUGAAUUAGUAUUACCACAAAAUAUGAAAGUAUUUCCUUUGUACAUACAAUGUCUUAUGAAAACUGAAGCUUUUAGUCCUGCUGACGGUAUCACAAUUGAUGAUCGUUGUUGGCAAAUGUUUUUGGUCAAUCAAAUGGACGUUAAACAAUCCAAUUGUUAUAUUUAUCCUCAUUUGUAUCCUAUUGUAUGUUAUUGUAUAUUUGAUCAGAAUUUACUCUGAUAAUUACUUCUCGUUAUAUUUAUAUAUUCAGAGCGGGGAUUCAUUUAUUAAGGGACUCAACUUUCAGCCACUACGUCUCAGGUUCCAGCUCCACCUCACCUACUUUGGUUUGGACAACCGGGUAGUGCUACUUUAGUGAACAAGAACACGGGUGGGGACAAUUGAAUGUAUUUAACACAAAUUACAGGACUUGUUAAUAAAAUCUAACAAUCAUAAAUAAAAUGCUUAAUUUGCAAAAUGUCCAUCAAUUGUCUCAAAAUCACUCAGACUUCAUUGUUCUUGCAUUUUCAUACAAAUUGCAUUCUGUUUCGAUUCUUUACUGUUCGAUCUUCUUGUCUCUGCUUCCAGACCUUCUGUUCACGACCAACAUCAUAUACUACUUAUGUCAAUAUAAGUAGCACACACCAUACUACUAACCCUUACAUUUAAAGUGUUGCUCAAAGCCAUGUUCAUGAAUCUAUGCUUUUAUGGCUAUGAAAUACUAUGAAAACUGAAUAUUUUUUUUAUCGGACUCCAAUAUUCCACAGUUACGGCGGUUUUAGGCUACAUUCACACACACGCACCCAAAGCUCAUCUUUACCCAUUUUGUACUAGUAGCUAAUGUUAGUGGACCAGUGUUAUUGUUUAGUGAAGUGUAUACACCCGAUUCGGAAUCACUUUUGCUGACCAUUUCACAAUAGUUUUGUUUUCUCUUAUACACGUUGAUUAAUUUGUUUUUCAGUGUACAGUGGAGUGGUGGUUUAAGUUUGGCUAGGGUAUCCUUUCAACAUUCGAUCAAGGCGUGUCCGAUGUUCGAAAUUCUUUCCACGUGCUUCAGCUUUCGGUGGGGUGGGAGUUGUGCUCAGGGUAGUAUCGUCAGGCUUCGCAUUAUCACACGCCAACAGUAUAACUCAAAUGCGGUUACAUAAACCUGUAAUUAUCAAAUGAGUUGCAUUUAGACUUCUAUUGGACAACACAUGAGUUUAGCUUAACGUUUUUAGUUUUCCGUAAAUUUAUAUGUAUAUGUUUAUAUAUAAUUCCUUAAAUUAUGAAUUAGCAGAGGCUUGGAACCUUUGGAACUAGUCAGACUUAUAAUUGUCAUCUGUUUAAUUCGUUAAUCGAAUAUCUCUAAUCUUUGUAUCAUAAAAAUGAGUUUAAGAUUGGUAAACGGUUUUCUCGAUAGUAUUAGUAUGUUUUGCCCUGUAAUCUUUAGCAAAUGAGCGUUAUCUCAAUUUCAACCUCAUUCUUUCUUUAAAAAAUACUUAUUUUAGCAUGAUCUUUCACUGAAUUUCGAAGGUGAUAUCCCUUAUCCUCCAGCUGCUAUACGCUGUUCAUAUGAUCGUUUACAAAUGGAUGCAGCUUAUUUAUUGGAUAAUGGAAUUUAUCUUAUCAUGUGGAUUGGUCCAAAUAUUUCGUCAGAAUGGAUUCAAGCAGUAUUCAGUGUUCAAAAUCCUGAACAUUUUGAAUCAGAAAAAAUCUAUGACUUGUGUAAUUUUGAUAACGAAAUCUCACGUAAUCUGUGUACAUUGCUGAAAAAAGUUCGUAAAAAUCGUUGGCAUUAUUCUCGGUUAUUGGUUGUACGUCCUGGAGAUAAAAGCGAACUAUGGUUUCGACGUUUCAUGGUCGAGGAUCGAUGCAGUGGUAAUUCGAUUUCAUACACAGAAUAUCUAUGUCAUAUUCAUAAAGAAGUAUCCAGUUUACUACAUUGAUAUUAUUGAUGAUAAUAUGAGCACUAUCGAUAUGGGUUGAUGCUUAAAUUAUUGGUCUAGUUUAAUCCCUUACUUUGGUUUUGUUUAUUCAAAACAAACACUCUCCUAGUAUUUGCAGCAUGAAAUUCGUCGAAUGCCUUAUUCUUUUCUUAUGUACUCUUGUUGUCGGAGAACAACUUCUUUAAAAAAAAUACCCAUUUAUAUUUACAUCAAUCUUAAUCUGGUAUUUAUUCUUGCGAAUUCCUUUGAAAUGUGUUACGACUAGUGCUUCCUUGAGAUAUUUCAGCAAUUUCUGGCUUAUACAUUAGUGUAUUGCAUCGUGUGUGUGUGUGUGUUUGUAUGUGUAUGACUACUAUUCACAAACAGUAUAAACCAUACUACAUAUGAAGGUAGGUAUAGAUUUUAUGUAUGUGAAAAGAAAAUAGUUAGACGGGGCCAAGUUAUGAGCACACACACGGUGUUUGUAUUUUCUUUGUUACUGUUCUCAGUUUGUCAUCAUCACCACACUGGUUUCACGGUUUUUUACUUUUUGCUUCAUUUGCUUUCUUUCUCCAUUAAUUCGAUAUGAUCCUAUCAUUUUAGAUAAAUAAUAAAAAAAAAACCUAUUUUGAUUCUUUGAAUUACAUCAAGUAGUGUUAUUUUGCGUUUAUGCACACGGUAGCGCAUAUCCAGCUCAACCCUUGUUAACAAAAGAUCAUCACCAUAACUAUAAGCAAUAGGGAUUCAUUCAUCCUUUCUCUCCUUCUAUGCUUUGUUCUCCUUCUCCUUCUCUCUCCUUUUUGUUUUCUGUUCACUGUGGACAACGGCAAUACGUUUUAUGUUGCUUAAAAUAUGCCAAAAUGGUACUUGUUUUUGUGAUUGUGAGUAGUGGUGAAUUUUGUUGAUUUCUUUUUACUACUACUGAGGAGAAUCCAUCAGCUUACUUUUACCCUGCCCACCCCUUAUCCUGAAACUAAUGUAAUUUGUAUUUUGAAUUGUGAUGUUGUAUUCUGGCUUUGUUUUGUUUUGUUCUGCUUAUUAAUUAGAUACGUUGAGAAUAGUGUAUUUGUAUGUUCUACUUUUGUUGUUGGUUUUAGUUCUUUUGUGAUACUAAUCUUCUGACUUCUCUCUCUCUCUCUGUGUGUGUGUGUGUGUUUGUGGAGAAUGACAGUGACAAAAUGAUCUUUGAAAAGAGAAUUAUUGACUUAUUGAUAGCUUUGAUUAAAUUACAUUAAUGUUACAUAUUAUUUCCCUGUAUUGUUUUUUUAAAUGGUUUCCCGCAUAUUUUGAAUUUAUCAUGAAUUUUUCUUCUUAUGUUCCAAUCCUAAGGAUUAUCGGGAUGUUUGCUUUAAUUAAUAUACGUUUUUAUGAAUAACUUAUUCAACAUAUGAUCU